GGAAUGAAAGCAGCAUUCAAAAGUUCUGGCAAAUUGCAAUCAGGCAAACUCAGGCUAGUGCUUAACCUGGAAAAGCGUACAGAAGAGAUAAACUAACCAGACUGAAUUCUGAGUAUCUUCUCUUUCUCUUUUUUUUUCCUAAUUCGGGCUUUUCUCAGAAUUUUAUUUUAUUUUUAUUUUUGACAAACUUACAAAUUGAUCUGCUUGGUUAGAGGAAUCUGAAGAACAGAGCAGAUUCAGGAUCAAAAGCCUGGCUGGUAUGUCUCGAAUGCCAUGGUAUGUGAAGAUUCCUGCCUAAUGAUGUUUUUAUUAAAGAAGAUAAAUUGCCCAGCAUAAAACUUAGCCUCUCUUGCAUCCAACAGCUGGACUACACCAAUUUCUUCUUAAGCAGUAUUUAAGAGCACACUUGAGUGGCUUAAAUAAUGGUACCAAAGGAAUGCUUCCUUAUGGAUUUGGAAGAAGACUUUAUCAGUUGCAACUUCUCUAACCACAGUGAAAACUUCUCUCUGAGGAAUGACUGGUUGAACCCAGGAUUCCUGUAUAUCAUCCCAGUUAUAUAUGGGCUUAUUAUUCUGAUCGGACUGGUUGGCAAUAUUACCCUGAUCAAGAUCUUUUGCACAGUCAAAUCUAUGAGAAAUGUGCCUAACUUGUUCAUCUCCAGCCUGGCUUUGGGAGACUUGCUUCUGCUCAUCACAUGUGCCCCUGUGGAUGCUAGCAGAUAUUUGGCAGACAGGUGGCUUUUUGGCAGAAUUGGUUGUAAACUGAUCCCCUUCAUCCAGCUCACUUCAGUUGGGGUAUCAGUCUUUACACUCACAGCUCUCUCUGCAGACAGAUAUAAAGCUAUUGUUCGACCAAUGGAUAUCCAAGCCUCCCAUGCCCUGUUGAAGAUCUGCUUAAAAGCAGCUUUUAUCUGGAUCAUCUCCAUGAUGCUCGCCAUUCCUGAAGCGGUGUUUUCCGAUCUGCACCCUUUUUAUGAACAGAGCACCAAUCAAACCUUUGUCAGUUGUGCACCAUAUCCUCAUUCCAAUGAAUUGCACCCCAAAAUCCAUUCAACGGCUUCCUUCCUGAUCUUCUACAUUAUUCCCUUGCUCAUCAUUUCUGUUUAUUAUUAUUUCAUUGCCAAGAAUUUGAUCCGAAGUGCUUACAAUUUGCCAGUGGAAGGAAACAUACAUGUCAGAAGACAGAUCGAAUCGAGAAAGCGGCUGGCAAAGACGGUUCUGGUGUUCGUAGCUCUCUUCGCCGUCUGCUGGCUGCCCAACCAUAUCAUCUACCUGUACCGCUCCUACCACUACUCGGAGGUGGACAUCUCCAUGCUGCAUUUUGUCACCAGCAUCUGCGCCCGGCUCCUGGCCUUUGCCAACUCUUGUGUCAACCCCUUUGCUCUCUACUUGCUGAGCAAGAGUUUCAGGAAACAAUUCAACGCCCAGUUCUCCUGCUGUGGGCCGGGAUUGCUCAGGAGGUCUCAGAGUACCGGCAGGAGCACCACAUGCAUGACCUCACUCAAGAGCACCAACCAGUCGGUGGCCACCUUCAGCCUCAUCAAUGGCAACCCUGUCUGCCAUGAGGGUUAUGUGUAGAUCUGACUCAGGAAAGGUAGUUUCAGGCUGGGCUCUCUAUGGGUCCAUCAGGACUUUUAGCUCCUCUCACUCCUUUCCCUCCAGCUCCAAUUUGGGUCUGCAUGUUGGAGAAAACACUUGAAACCCUAGAGAAAUUGGUUUUGGCAGAAAGGAGAUGAGAAGGAAGGAAAGAGCUGUGAGUGUUUUUAAAGAGAUGACACUAUGUUCAUAUCUUCUACUGUGAUUGACCCAGGGAGAUGUUUCAGCAAUAUGAAUGCAUGAAAUAUGAACCCUAAGCUCUAGUUUUCAGGCAUAAUUUGCUUUAAGCCAAAUAGGUGACAAUUUAGUUUUCCAAAGCAAAACAAAAAAAAAGAGAUAAUGGUUCAUUUUAUAAAGUAUUUCUUCUUUAGGGUUUUUUUUUAA